UUCUCGCUGUACGUAUUUUGAGUGUGCGAUCGUGUGUGUGUUCGCCCCGGAUGUCGAGUUUUAAGGACAAACUUUUGCUUCUUUUGUCUCAAUGGGAAUUUACGCGCCGUGCUUCGUGAACGCUCGUCGAAGGCAGCAAGAAGGGGAGAAAGAACACGCUUUCCCCUCGUGCUAGUGUCGUCUGAGGGGAACUUAGAGCGGGCUGAAGAAUUCAACGCAGGAGAGGGAGCGAGGGAGAGGGACGAGUCACCGCAGCGGCAGAUACGACGCCAUCAUCCCUGUGUUUGAAAGGAAGACCUUCUGUGCUUCGGACGCUUGAACGCAUGUGCUAGGAAUUCGGAAAAGGGAAUAAUAACAUCUUUCCAGAAGCAAACGAAGAGAAAGGAAAGGAAAAAGGAAAGAAAGUGAAGCGAGAGGGAGGAAAGAGUAGUCAUACAUUGGUCCAACCCGUCCAGGUUCGCCACGAGCUGAAUUCCCGAAGGAAAAUGUCAGCAUUUCCCCAAAGGUCCAAGUGCUCCGUCCUUAGAGCAAGUGUUGUGUGCUGGUGUGUGGGAGCCUAACUGAGCGAGGGCAGUUGUUCCCACCGGCCGAUUAAGGACAUCCUCGUCCACGUCACAGCCACUGCCACACCACAUACCCUUGCCCCUCCCCCCCUGCGGCGCCCUCCUCCACCCCAAUCUUCCACCUUCCACCCACAAUCUUCGGUUCCCGGCGCUGCGCUGAGGCAGGGGAGGGAUCGAGGCCGGGUAGGACGAGGAGGAGGCGGCAGCGAGACGGGGAACGAGAGGAAGAGAGAGGCGCAGGAGGAGAGAAAUAGAGAAGCGGAGAAGGAGGGAAAGGGAGAGACGAAGGAGAGGAAGAGAGAGACGGAGAAGGAGGAGGAAACGGAAAGGAAAGGAGUUUCCGACAAGGAGAAGGAACUAGAACAAGGCGACGCCUUCCCGCAGAGCCUUUGGGAAAAGGAAAGGACUUUUCGACUUCGCCGUGGAGCCUGAGCGUCGGAGGGAGAUCUACGCUUGUCUUCCUACGAGCUGUAGCGAGCCUCGCCGGAGCUCGUUAGUACUUAGAGAGGAGCUGGGGCGCCAUGGCAGGCUGCGGAGGCGCUAGCACGGGCGGGCGUCGAGGGCGCGCCUGCUUAGGCGUUUUGGCCGUCAUCGACUCCCUGUUGUCCAUCUUCGUGUUCGCGCCGCUCGUGGUGGGCUACUGGCGGGGCUGCUGGCAGCUGAUGGACAUCUACCUCCUCCCGGGGAACAAGCAGCUGUCGGUGCUGACGUCGCUGGCCAUCGGCAACGUGUCGGGCCUCGUGUUCUGCCUCCUGCAGGGCCCCCUCGCUACGCUAUGCGACAACGAGCGGCGCCCCCGUCUGCACCUCCUCGUGUCCAGACUCUACACCGCCGUCUACUGCGUCUGCUGCGUCAACCACUGGAGGGGCGUGUGGGCGUCCUGGGACCUCUACACUGGCAUCUCCUGGCAGUCGGGCGCCACGUCCGCGGGCAUCGGCCUCCUGACGCUGGCGCUCACGCGGGGCCUCAAGAACAUCCUGGCGCCGCCCUUCAUCGUGGUGACCGACCACCCGAGUGGCUACUUCAAGGUGCCCACCCUCUUCAGUACCAAGUCAGCCCGCAGCAAACCAAGCCAGUAUGAGGCAUGUCGGGCCAACAUCGUCGUCAUUUAUUAUAAAACUAAACGAUAUUAA